AUGUCAUUCCUCGGCAGCUACAGCCCCUCCAUCCUGGCCAUACCCGCCUACUUCGUCCUGGCCAUGCUCCCGCACGGCUGGGCCAUCAACGUCGCCUCCCAGGGCCAGCUGCGCACAUGGGACAACCGCAACCCGCGCGCCGCCGACCUGAAGGCGGCGCUCAAAGCGCGCCUGCCGGCCGCUAGGUACGCCCAGUACGAGCGCCUGGAGGCGUGCCACGCGAACAGCAUGGAGAGCUUUCCGCUGUUCGCGGCGGCGGUGGUGCUGGGCCAUGUUGCGGGGCUGGAGGAGCGGGCGCUGUCGGGCUUUGCGGCGUGGUUUCUGGUCGCGAGGGUCGCGUAUAUGGCUGUGUAUGCGACGCAUGAGGCGCAGGGGCCGACGGUGCUGAGGACGGGGAUUUGGUAUGUGGGGGUUGGGUUGUGCUUCAAGACGAUUGUGCAGGCUGCGAGGGCUAUGGGAGAGCGGGUGUAG